AUGAGCAACAGCAAGAGGACGGAUGAAUCGCUCGAAAGCUACUCUGAUGAUUCCCUUUCGGGUGGAGCUGCUGAGUUCGUGGACGAUGCUAAGAGUGAGAUGAGCCAAUGUUCUGGUGACGAAAGCGGGGAUGAGGGCAAGAAGAAGAGUUGGCUGUUUGGUUGGACCUGGAAUGGGGACUCCAUGAAGGUGUUCUUUUGGAUGGUUGUAACCUUGGGGAUGAUUGGUGUCACGGCGGCAGUUGUGUUGUCUAUUACCAUGUCCUUUCUGAGCAAGGAAGAAGAGAAUGAGUUCCACAACGCCUUCCAGCAACAAGCUAACGUCAUUGCGGAGGCUACCAGCUUCCACGCAAAGACUGUCGUGGGGUCCCUAGAAUCAAUGUCAGAUACCAUCACCUCAUACUCGGGAUCUUCUGCUUCCAGUCGUUGGCCGUUUGUCACUGUACCUGAUUUCGACCGUCGAGGACAACGAGCAAGAGUCGACGCCUUCAUCGAAAUGAUUGCCUUUUCGCCUCUUGUCACCUACGAAGACCGUGAUCGUUGGUCCAUCUUCACUGCUUACGACAGUGACUGGAUCGGAGCCAAUGUCACUGUGCCUCAAGACAUCUACCGCCUCCAUGAAGACUCGGGCCUCCCGGUCCAAGAGGACAACAUCUUGAUGAUCCCAAUCUGGCAGACCUCUCCUAAACCUCACAACUCUUCCCUCAUCAACUUCAAUCUUCUAUCCAACAGUCUGUACUACUUCCUAUUCAAUGCCAUGACCGAGUCCAAGCAUACAGCCCUAUCAGCUGUUUAUCGCCACCAGUAUAUGUACAACAGGCUCUUCGCUCCAGGACAGCAUGACAAAAGCCACAAGACCAUUCAUGAAGCGCACUCAUAUGACACAUCUGCUACUCUGGACAGCUCCAGCUCAGACUCUUCUGCAGAUGAUGUCAUGAUUGACUCUCUUAGUGCAGCUGACUUCCCACACAGUGUCCUCAUGGCUCCCGUUUAUGACAGCUUCAACACCAGUAACCAAUCUCUUGCCGGAGUUAUCCACGGCAUUCUUCCCUGGGACAAAUACCUCACUGAACUACUUCCGCCCGGGGAAAGGGGCAUUCAUUGCAUACUCAAGAACAGUUGUGGGCAAGCCUUUUCCUUUCAGAUCAAUGGACCUCAAGCUAACUUUCUGGGUGAGGGGGAUCUCCACAACCCAAAGUACGACAAUUUGGUACAAGAGGUCGACUUUGGGUCCACCUUUUUGGGAAAGGAGACAAGGACUUACCGCCAGUGCUUUUACACGCUGGCUGUCUACCCCACAGAAGAGUUUGAAGCAAAGUUUCAUUCUGAGGACAAGCAAAAGUUUAUGGCCAUACUUGCUGCUGUCUUCUCAGCCUUGGCCAUCUUCUUCUUUAUCUUUGUUUGGUUCGUCCAACGCAGACAGCAAAAAGUCAUGAGUGUGGCCGUUCGGACCAAUAGUAUUCUUUCCAAUCUGUUCCCAGACAAUGUAAGAGAUCGAAUCAUGCAGCAAGCUGAAGCACAGGCCAAUCGGGAAAUGGAUGGGGACAGUAUGACAGGACAUGAUUCCAAUAGCAAUCUCAAGUCACUCCUACAAGAACCCGCCUUUGUCCCAGGAAUGGUCAUCCGAAAGAGCGUUCGGGGCAGCAUCAGUGGCAGUAUGAGGGGAAAUCCUGUUCCUGGUAUUACCAUCCUGCAGGAUUCCCCGAUUGCAGAUCUAUAUCCAGAUUGCACAGUUCUCUUUGCAGACAUUGUUGGAUUCACUGCCUGGUCCAGUACGCGGGAUCCUUCGCAGGUCUUUGUCCUGCUUGAAACUCUCUAUGGUGCUUUCGACGCCAUUGCAAAACGCCGCAGAGUCUUCAAAGUGGAAACUAUUGGCGAUUGCUACGUUGCCGUGGCAGGACUACCCAUGGCCCGCCGUGAUCAUGCUCUUGCGAUGGCGCGAUUUGCCAACGAUCUCAUGUUUAAAAGCAACGAAGUCUUUCAUCUUUUGGAGGUCACACUUGGUCCGGGAACCAGCUCUCUCAACAUGCGGCUGGGGUUGCACAGUGGACCUGUCACGGCUGGAGUCCUCCGUGGGGAAAAGGGGCGCUUCCAGCUUUUUGGAGAUACUGUCAACACUGCUGCUCGUAUGGAAUCAACUGCACGACCUGGCAAAGUGCAGGCGUCUCAGGCCACAGCUGAUCUCCUCUUGGAAGCGGGCAAGUCCAAUUGGGUGAGACAAAGAUCAGACAAGGUGCACGCCAAAGGUAAAGGCGAGAUGACUACCUUCUGGGUUCAUGUGAGAGCUUCCGAAGGUGAAUCACAAUCAUUUCACAGUGGCGACUCAAGCGAAAAGCCCUCAGACGACCCUUUUGCGAGCACUCGUAACACGACAUGCGGAUCACUCCCGAAGGCGGCGCUCAAUUCUUGCAAGAGAGAACUCUCAGUCAAGCAUGGCCGUCUAGUGGACUGGAACGUAGAGCUGCUGGCAUCUUUGCUCCAGACUGUGGUCGCUGCCCGCCAGACACGACGCAAGUCGAAGCGAGGAGGUUUCUCUGAACCAAAACUUGAGAUUCGACAGAGCCAGAUGCCUUUUGAUGAGUGGGCGCAAGCUAUUGAUCUCCCCGGGAAGACACAGCGCACGAGUAGGCGAGGAGACUACAAGGACGUGGAAUUGCCCGAAGAAGUCAUUUGUCAGCUCCGUACCUUCGUGACGACAAUUGCUUGUCUUCAUGGGGAUAAUUCUUUCCACAACUUUGAUCAUGCGUCGCAUGUAACAAUGAGUGUGCACAAGCUGCUUCUGCGUGUGAUCCAAUCCGGCGAAGACUCGUACAGGAUAGCCAGUGAUCCUCUUACGCACUUUGCAGCUGUAAUGUCCGCGCUUUGGCACGAUGUGGACCAUCGUGGUGUACCCAACUCACAACUCGAAAAAGAAGAGCCAGCUCUAGCCUCGAAGUAUGACCACAAGAGCGUUGCUGAACAGCACGCAAUCGUAUUGGCCUGGGAUCUUCUCAUGGAAGACGAAUACGCUGACCUUCGAAACACCAUCUAUACCACUCAAACAGAACUAAAGCGCUUCCGAACUGUGUUGGUGAAUUCCAUCUUGUCCACCGAUAUUAUGAGCAAAGAUCUCAAGAAAUUGAGGAACGAACGCUGGAACUUGGCCUUUUCAGAGGAUGACAAGUCCGAGCUAUCCCCGGAAGAUGUCGACAUGUACCGGGCUAGUUCUGUUCUGGAGCACUUGAUUCAAGCCUCCGAUGUUUCGCACACGAUGCAACAUUGGCAUGUGUACCGUGCGUGGAACGAACGUCUCUUCAAAGAAAUGUACCAAGCUUACCAAGAAGGGCGCUCAGAGAAGGAUCCCUCGGAGAGCUGGUAUGAGGGUGAGCUUGGUUUCUUUGAUUUCUAUAUUAUCCCGUUGGCUAAAAAGCUGAACGAUUGCGGAGUCUUUGGGGUCUCGAGCACAGAAUACUUGGACUUUGCUCUCAAGAAUCGAGCCGAGUGGGAAGUCAAAGGGAGGGAAGUCGUCUCAUCGAUGCUGGAUAAAGUCCGCGGAAGUGUUGACAAGGGGGCUGAGUGUUAA